GACUCCCAUGCACGCGGGAUGUUACUUUGAGGUGCCGCGGGAAAUUGUGAUGAAACGAGCGGUGAUCAGUGUGCGUACGACGGACAAUGCGUGCUUCGCGUGGGCGGUGGUCGCCGCUCUGUACCCGGCCGAAAAGUAUACGGAGCGAGAAUCGUCGUACCCGCAUUACAGUACUGUGUUAAAUCUCGCGGGUAUCGAGUUUCCAGUGACUUUGAAAGACGUUCUGAAAUUCGAACGAUUGAAUGCGGUGUCGAUCAACGUGUACGGCAUCGAGGACAAGCAGAUCCUUCCUCUACGACUCACAGGGGACAAGAGGGACAAGCACGUGAACAUGCUGUAUCUACAAGAUCCACGCAACGAUGGUGUAGGCCACUUUGCGUGGAUAAAGAAUCUAUCGCGCCUAAUGCCUGCAUUACUUCGGCUCGAACGAGAAAUUGCAGACACACGAAGUGGAUUGUCAGAAAAUCAACAACUGCGCUAUCAGCCUUCCGAGCCAGUACGACAGAUGGCUUGA